AUGAUGCUCCAAGCGACUCCGAGCCGUGUCGCGCGACUCCAGCCUGCCCUGCGCUCGCCGCUUUUGCGCUUUCGCCUGCGCGCCACUGUUCUGCCCGUAUCAACCUUAUGCGCCCCGCGACGCUGCUAUGCGCACCAGGCAGAGACCGCCGACGAGGCCAGGCCGCGCUCGAAGAGCCUGCUCGUCUCUUCAGAGGCCCGCGUCAACGAUGUAGGAGUCCAGCAGCUCAGCGCACACGCACACAGUCAGAUUUUCUCCUCCGAAGCUGAAGCACCGCCGAAAGAGCUAGUCGAUUUGGCCAUUGAUCACCUCACACGCCAUGAUCUGUUCGGCAAGCACCAAGAUUCGUCUCCGCCCAUCAGCUUCGACAUGCCGCCGCUCCACAGCGACAAGAAGAACCUGGACGAACAUUUCUACAAGCUGGGCAUGGACUCCGCCCACCCCUAUCUGGAAAUGGCAAACCGUUUCGUACAGCAAGAGCCGCCUGAGAGACCACAAUGGAUCCGGCAGAGCGGCUGGACAAAAUACGUCGACGGGACAGCCGUGCGCGUGGAUGCGCCGGACGAGGAGCUUUUGACCUUCGAUGUCGAAGUCAUGUGGAAGGAGACAUCAUAUGCGUGUAUGGCUUGUGCCGUAAGCCCUACCGCUUGGUAUGCCUGGAUUUCUCCUUGGCUCUUGGGAGAAUCCGAGACGGACCGCCACCUCAUUCCCCUAGGCGAUCCCACCAAGCCGCGCAUCAUAGUUGGCCACAAUAUUGGCUACGACAGGGCGAGGAUUGCCGAGGAAUACGAUCUACGCCAGUCGAAGAAUUUCUUCAUGGACACCAUGUCGCUACAUGUCGCCGUCAAUGGCAUGUGCUCACGUCAAAGACCCAAAUGGAUGAAGCACAGGAAAGAGAAGGAACUAAGGGACAAGAUCGCCGCGUCUGACGAGAAUGUUGAUCUCAACGCGUUACUUCAGUCCGGCCAGCUCAGUGAUGAAGAGGAGGAAUUGUGGAUAGGGAGAAGCUCCAUCAAUUCUUUGCGCGAUGUUGCCAAAUUUCACUGCAACAUUACUAUUGAGAAGGCCCAACGAGAAUACUUCGGAGAACUUGACCGCGAAGGUGUGAAGGAAAAGUUGGAUGAAUUACUGGAUUAUUGCGCUGCCGACGUACAAAUCACCCACCGCGUCUACCAAAAAGUCUUUCCACUCUUUCAUGAGCUCUGCCCCCAUCCUGUCAGCUUUGCAGCAUUGCGGUUCAUGGGCACUGAGAUCUUACCUAUCAACGAGUCUUGGAAUGACUAUAUCAAAAACGCCGAGGAGACGUACCAGAACUUAUCCGAACAGGUGCAACAUAGACUCCUUAAUUUGGCAGAGACAGCUUUGGAAAUAAAAGACGAGCCUGAAAAGUACGAAGCUGAUCCUUGGAUGAGCCAGCUGAAUUGGUCAGGCCAGGAGAUCAAGUAUGUCAAGGGGAAAAAGAAAAACGAUCCACCGAGGCCAGCUGCACGCCAAAAGAAGCCUGGAAUGCCAAAGUGGUACAAGGAUCUCUUUCCGAAAAGCACCGGGCCUAUCAGUUUGACCACCCGGACGAGGAUUGCUCCAUUGCUUCUGCGACUUUCCUGGGACGGACACCCUCUAUUCUGGACCGACAAGUAUGGUUGGACAUACCGUGUGCCUGUAGAAGGAACAGAAUUGUCCGACGAGAUGAAGGCCGCUCUUUGUGACUUCUCGGAGGAUGAAAACACGACUCUUCGUCUCGACCGCGAACAUCACUAUCUCAAAAUCCCGCACAAGGAUGGACCACAAGCUCGAUGCACCAACCCUUUGGCGAAGAGUUAUCAACAGUACUUCGAGAACGGGCGGCUAACCUCUCAGUACACGUAUGCCAAAGAGGCACUGGAGAUGAAUGCCUCCUGCUCGUACUGGAUCAGCGCAAGGGAUCGGAUCAGGUCGCAAAUGGCAGUGUUCGAAGGUGAAGCAUUGGUCAAUAAGAAGCCCCAGAAAGAUAGCCAAUUCGAAAAUGAUGGAUCUAGUCCGAGGCUCGGAUACAUUCUCCCUCAGGUCAUCCCUAUGGGAACUAUCACGCGAAGAGCUGUCGAGAACACUUGGUUGACCGCGAGUAAUGCAAAGAAGAACAGAGUUGGUUCUGAACUGAAGUCAAUGGUCAAAGCCCCUCCAGGCUACUGCUUUGUUGGCGCGGAUGUCGACUCUGAGGAGCUUUGGAUUGCUAGUCUUAUCGGAGAUGCACAGUUCAAGCUGCAUGGUGGCAAUGCGAUCGGCUUCAUGACUCUUGAAGGCGACAAGGCUGCCGGCACUGAUCUACAUUCAAGGACUGCGUCUAUCCUUGACAUCUCGAGAAACGACGCCAAAGUUUUUAACUACGGCCGCAUUUACGGGGCUGGUUUGAAGUUUGCUUCUACCCUGCUUCGACAGUUCAACCCAAGCUUAACAGAGGCCCAGACCACGGAAACUGCUUCCAGACUAUACCAAGAAACGAAGGGCAAGAAGACUGUGCGCAGAAUAUUUCAAGAAAGAGCCUUCUGGCGCGGUGGUACAGAGUCUUUCGUCUUCAACAAGCUCGAGGACUUUGCUGAGCAAGAAAAGCCUCAAACCCCUGUCCUUGGAGCUGGUAUUACUCAGGCCUUGACGAAACGAUACUUGAGCAGGGGCAGCAGCUUCAUCACUUCCCGUAUCAACUGGGCGAUUCAGUCCUCCGGUGUUGAUUAUCUCCAUCUCCUCAUCGUCGCCAUGGACUACUUAAUCCGCCGGUUCAACAUCCACGCGCGUCUUGCGCUGACCGUGCAUGAUGAGAUCCGUUACCUUGUCAAGGACGAAGACAAGUACCGCACAGCAAUGGCUCUGCAGGUUGCUAAUCUCUGGACGCGCGCUAUGUUCAGUCAGCAAGUUGGCAUCCAGGAUCUGCCGCAAGCCUGCGCCUUCUUCAGCGCUGUUGAUAUAGAUAGCGUUCUACGAAAGGAGGUGGACCUGAACUGCGUUACCCCAUCGCAUCCGACUCCGAUUCCUCCUGGCGAAAGUCUUGAUAUCCUCACUCUCCUCGAAAAGGGCGACGAAGCUCGCCUUGACCCUACGAAGGAGCCUACUCCUGGAGACGCACCCGAUCCUGAGGCCUUCCCAUACGAAAAACGCGAACCGGUCAUGGCCUCUCUCCAAAGCACAACCAACAUUCCGUUCCUGCGCGCGCAGAUCACCGCAGAUGACAAGGAGCUCCUCGAAAUCGUCAAGAGCGCCAGGCCGAAGAAGGAGGAAUUGUCGGGACCCUCUUCCUCCACCACCCCCAAACGCUCCACGGCUGACUCCCCCUCAGCAUGGAGACAAGCGCGUAAGAACGUCCCAAAGCCGCCGCACGCCCAGCGGCAGGCGGUUGUCCUGCCCUUCGAGCACGAUGACCGCGCGUGGUUCCGCAACCUCGAGCGAAGCAAAUCAAACUGGAAACCUGCGCACCAGCCGCAUGGUGCGGCGGGGGGCUGGAGGAGCUGGGGAAGGGUAUGA